AUGGCGCUCUCUUCCCAUAACGCUCAAAGGUGGCGCCGGGCGGCACGAGGAAAUCUCCACUCAUGGAAAAUGGCUGAUCACCAGAUCGAUGACCCCAAGAUCGCAUUUGCUUAUCUGCGUCCUUCCUGUGUUCUUUUGACCAAAGAGCCCACUCUCUCCAACAUAGAGACUCUGAGUGGCCACCUCCGUGAUGUUAGUGAUGUCGCCCUCCAGCAACUUCAGGACUAUGUCCUGUUCCCCCUUCGCUUUGUCCUCAAGACCCCUGGAUCCAAGCGUGAGGGUCUUGUCCAGGCCGUCAUGGAGGCCAUGGCCUACGUUCUGGAAAACACCUGUGUUCGAAGCUGGGAAUCUCUACGGGAUCUGUUUUCGGAACUGUGCCUUUGCCUGUGCUCGCCAACGGACCCUGGAAAGCCAUCUCCAGGUUCGGAGGAGCUGAAGUUGGCGGUUCUGCGAUGCCUGGAUGCUCUCUUGCAUUCAGCAUAUGGGGAUGUUGUCUUUAAACUCUAUGAACCUGCUAUGCUGCCUGGAAUCGGAGCUGCUGUGUCUUUAUUCCUGGCUUUGGCAGAGCAAGAGAAGUCCAGAGAAGUGCAGACAGCAGCUUUGAAGUGCCUACUCUCUCUGUUCCUGCAGUGUGACUGCUCAGGAACUCACGUUGAACCAAAAGAAAUGGAGAGGCAUGUUCUUGGAAGGACUUUGGCCACAUUUCUACCUGGGGUUACAAGGGCCUUGAGUCAAGUUAUUGGCGGAGAUGUAAGACAAGGGCAUGCAGUGACAGUAAAAGCCAUGAGGGCUUGGUACACCACAGUUGGGCUUGUUAUGGAUGAUGACCAGCUUCAAAAAGCUGGGCCAGAGAAUGUGAAAUCGUCUGAACUGGGUAAGGUUGGAGAACUUAUGGUUAAAAGGACUCCUUCUUGGAGCAAGACUACCUCCAAAAGACUUGCUUUGGCAUUGCAGAAAAUCAUUUCUUGUACCUCUGCACAUCAGCACUGGAGAGUAAGACUGGAACUGGUCAAUCUAUCUGACUACCUCCUCACCAACUGCAGUAAGUCCUUAGCAGAGAGUACUGGUUCUCUUCUAGAGGCACUGGUUGGAGCAAUCAAUGAUGAAGAACCUAAAGUGAAGGCAAGAUGCCAUGCAGUCCUGGAUAAAGUAUCGAAAAGAAACCAAGCUAAUGGAGGCCAAGCUCUCAAAGACGUCUUGUCGGAAAACUUGCACGGCUUGGCAUCUUCGCUGCCUCGACUCAUGAGAACAACAGAUGACCAGCACAAGCUCUUUGUGCUCAACGUCUUCCUGGGGUACCUGAAGAUCCUAGGACCCCAGGUGGAUUUGGUGCUGUCGUCAGCAGCGCAUCUUCAAAGGAUCUCCAAAGCACUGAUGCAGGUGCUGGAGUUGGAUGUCACAGAUGUGAGGAUUAUAGAAGAAAGAUCUUUUGUGCCUUCGUUGGACCUGGGGUCUGGUGCUCAUGAGGCACCGUGUCAGAGAAAAUACUUUCUCUACUUUACAGAUGAUAAGAUCUUUUCUGCCUUAAAGCAAGUUUGCCGGAUGUUAGGUCAGCAUGGAAACCUAUACCUUUUGGUAGAUCACUUUCUAGAUCUCUACAAGGAGUCUUCGGUUUAUCGUAAGCAAGCUGCCCUGGUUCUCAAUGAGAUCAUUUUGGGAGCUGCAGGAUUUGACGUGGAAGCAGAACGUUCAACCAGUACAGUCAACCAUUCAGAUAAUUCUGAAACAAACCAGGAGGACCUGAAAUCUGCAGUCAUGUCCAUCAUUGAGGAAUACAUCAGUUUGAGCAACUGGCAUCUCCCCACAGUAACAGAGCACUCUGAUGGAGAACACCAGGAGAAACUUCCAUCUCCAGUCUCCUCUAUUUUGAGUGGCCAUGAAGGAAACAGCCUGCAGAUGCUUUCAGCCUCUAGGGAUGGUACCAAACCUCUAACGCUCCACCAGCUAAACAGCAACAUCUGGCAGAUAUGCAUCCAGCUGGAGGGGAUUGGCUCCUUUGCUUUGGCUUUGGGCGUAGACUUCCGUCUUCUCUUGAUGACCUCCCUUUACCCAGUGCUGGAGAAGGCCGGAGACGAGUCUCUGCUGGUCAGCCAGUCUGCUCUCUGCUCCAUGCACAACCUUUGUGUAGCUUGCAGUUACAGCUCUCUCAAAGAACUGGUCAUCAGCAAUGCCGACUACCUGCUAAACGACGUCUCGCUAAACCUGGGCAGACCCAGCGUUCACCCUCAUGCCCCGCGAGUCCUCGCCGUGAUGUUCACCCAUUCAGAUGCCUCUCUUUUACCGAUUGUGUCCGACGUGGUGCAGGACGUUCUGACAACGCUUGAUCUGAGUUACGACCAGAGGUCCCUGCAGUUGUGUAAAGUACUGCACUCACUCCUGAAGGCACUGGUGAGAUGGUUUCCUUCCAGUGCUCGAGGCCACAAGCAGCCGUCUACAAUCACACAGACCCAGAACCCCGAGCCGCUGGACCUGCGGCAGUUUCUGCUGGACUACAGAAAGCAGAAAGAGCUGGCUGAAGGAAUCGGCAUUGAAGAGGAAGAUCCAGGUGAAACAGACAUGUCUUCAGGACCCCCGGGCCCUGAGGAAGAGGGUGAUGGGAUGGAUGAAGGUCCGGAUGUGAAGGCGGAGCUGCCUCUGCAUUUUUCUGUAGCUAAAGAUGUGAUGGAGCGCUGUAUUCACCUGCUCUCACACCCCAGCAUAGGAGUACGACUGAAGGUGUUGGACAUGGUGGAGCUGUGUGUGUAUGUGCUGUCUGAAACGGAAAAUGAGCUUUUACCCAUGGUGCACCGCUGCUGGCCUUCACUCCUUCACCGCCUCACCAACGAUGAUCCAGUGGCUAUUCCCCGAGCUUUUAGGGUGUUGUGUGUGCUGGGUGAGACGUGUGGAGACUUUCUGAGGAAGCGAGUGUCUAAAGAGGUUUUGCCCAGGCUGACCUCUGCCCUUUCCCGGCAGGCUGAGACCAGCGCCCGCUCCGGCCCGCUUUACACUCACACACUGGCCUACAAGCUGCAGCUGGCUGUGCUGCAGGGUCUGGGGCCUCUGUGUGUGCGCCUGGAUCUGGUGGAUUCAGAUCUGGACCAAACCUCCGAGGCCUGUCUGCCCUACCUGAGCUGCAGACAGCCAAUCAGACUGCAGGAGGCCUGCCUAAGUGUUUUCCGACAUCUGAUGCAGGUGGAUCCAGAUUCCUGCUGGUUCACUCUGGCUGAGCUGUGUUGUCCUGCGGAGUACGAGCCGCCCCACUCAGACCUGCUCCCAGUCAGACUGAACGGAACGGGCAGAGCAAGAAACGAGUACACAGACAACGUUCUCAAACUCCUUCACCACCUCCAGCUGCCUGAGGAGAACCGAACUCUGUCUGAUCCUGUGGAUCAGAACCAUCACAGCUGACUAAAGCAGUACUGAACCUUCCAUUCUGCUCUUAGAAACCGAUGGAAAUGGCUUGAUCUUCUACAGAAACAGAAGAUUUAUAAUGUUUUAUAGUUGUUCCCAGAAGGUCUUAAUGGAAAGUAUGUUAGAAAGUAAAUAUUGUUCUAAAUAUUGUACAUAUUGUUUGUUGUUUGAAUGUAAAUCUUUAAUGAACAUUCCGAAUUCCUCCAAGAUUGUUCCAAUGACUCUGAUUCUAUGUGAUUUUCACUUUUAGCCUCCUCCCCUUUAGUGGGUGUGGGAUCCUUAAAAGGGUUGGGCAAAAUGUUUAUGUAAUCAGGCUUUUAGGUAAACAGAUGCACAAACAA